AUGGGAGCGGUGUGCUCCGGCGGGGUGAAGAAGUUCAAUGAUGAAGUUCCAGAGAUUUUUUCUGAGAAAGUCGAUAUAAAGAGCUCCAGUGAGCCUAAAGGGGGUUGUGAUUUGGCUUCUCAUGCAGAUGAUGCCGGGAAAACGAGAGGAAAGUCUGUUUUGACAAUGGCUUCGACGCCGACAUCGUCAACGUCACCGACUACCACGCCGCCUUGGUCGAAGCCAAAGCAGCCAAUUUGGGCAGGCCAGAGUUUUAAAAAGAGACUCCGUAGUGGGAGGAAAAUAUCCAUAUUGGCAUUUGAAGUAGGUAUUACAAUCGCCAAAGGUGCAAACUUGUUACAAUCUCUUGCUGAAGAAAAUAUCCAGGUCCUGAGAAAAGAGAUUUUACAUUCAGGGGUAGAACAAUUAGUUUCCACAGAUACAAAGGACUUACUAAGUUUUGCUACUGCUGACACAAGGCUGGAGUAUGAAGUUUUCUUGCGGGGAGUAAUUAGAUUUGGAGAUCUGUGCAAAGACCCACAGUGGCACAAUCUGGGUCCUUACUUUUCCAAAUUAGAUUCUGAUGGUCCAAGCCACAAACAACUUAAAGUUGAUGCAGACAAGACAGUUCGGGAGUUGACUAUGCUGUCUCGACACACUUCUGAAUUAUACCAUGAGAUGUAUGCUUAUGAAAGAUUUGAACAAGAUUAUAAUCGACAGCUGAAGGAAAUGGAGUCCCUAAAUCUCUCUCGACAAGGAAAUUAUCUCACAGCUUUUGGCUCUGAGCUCAAAGAACAAAGAAAGCUUGUAAAGAGUUUGAAAAAGAAAUCUCUUUGGUCUAGAAAUUUUGAAGAGAUUGUGAAGAAGCUUUUGGAUUUUAGCACUUGUAUACAUAAAGCUAUACGGGAAGCUUUUGGAAAUAAUGGUAUAACAUUGGUUUGCAUGGAGCAUAGUAAGGGUUCUCCAAGACUUGGUGAAACUGGUCUUGCAUUUCACUAUGCUAACAUUAUCAGUCAGAUAAAUAUAAUUGCGAUUCGCCCAUCCGCCAUUCCCCCAAAUUUGAGGGACCAAUUAUAUAGGGCAUUGCCCACCAGUGUUAAGAUGGCUUUACGUUCCAGAAAUCUUGAUCCCACCGAACGUACCGAACGGCUUUCAAUUAUUCAGGUCAAACAUGAAGUGGAAAAGAUUCUAACGUGGCUUGUUCCACUUGCCACAAAUACCAUUAAGGCACAGCAUUUUCGCUGGGUUGGAGAAUGGGCAAGGACUAGUACUGAGUUCGGAAAGAAAUCAAGCACAGCCAUUAAUAACCCGAUCCGUAUCCAGACGCUAUAUUAUGCAGAUAAGGAGAAGACAGAUCAAUACAUCCUGAAAUUGGUGACCUUGCUCCACCGUGUGAACAGUUUAACAAGACAUAGAGAUCAUGCUUUCAAGUCUCUACCCUUACGAUCUCCAAAUCGUAAGGCACUUGAUUUCACUCCAAGAUGCAGCAUUUCCUAUCCAUGAACUGCAGUUCUAAAACAUGACAUGGACUUCAGCUUUGUCAGGAAGAUAGAAAUUAGUUAGAUAAGGUGAUUGGCAUUGCAAAUAUGAUGGUCCCUGGAAUCAGCAAUAGUCAAAAAUUUACUGGCAAGAAGAGAGGGACCGGAGUUAAUACUUUAGAAAAAGGGAUUAUACAAAAAUAAACACAUAAAUUGACGUGGCUUGAUGUGAUACGUCAGAUUAUAAAGUUAUUUUUAUUAU